UUGUUUGUAGAACUUCCUGAUCCAUUGAAUAUACCGCUGAACGAGUACGGUUUGACGCUGACAGUCUGGUUCGACUUCUUCGGAUAUUUCACGAAUAUCGUCAUUAUCUAUACAGCGGUAAAAAAUGGUUUAGGAGGUGAUUCGGCAAAUACCGGUUGCUACGAUCGUAUUGCCCUUUUAGACCUUCCUGAAUGUGUCGAGGCGAACUGUGUUAUCCUGGAACCGGAUCACUCAGGCGGCUCAACGUUAGUUCGCACACUAGUCAAAUACCUGCAGAAGAUAAAGGGUCCUUUGAAAUUCAAUGCACGCGUUGUCGAUGUGAAUCAGCAGAAGGUUUUUUACAUGAAGGAAGUUUGCUUUGAGGAUGUUCUAAUUACUAAGUUAUGCGAAAUGAAGUGA